GGACGGGCUUCCGUAGCGUUGCUUAGCAACAGCGCAGUGUAUUUGUAGUUUCCCUCCGCCAACCCUCAGCGUAACUAAACUUUAGCUAACUCUGUCUGACACGAUGCCCAAAAUGAAGGAUAAGAAAAGCGAGAACAAAGAAGAUGAAGACAAGAAAACAUCACAGAAGGACAGCUCCGUGACGGAUGCGGACAGUGAGAAGGCUUUCUACCUGACUCAAAUACGAUAUCUGGACGAGCAGUUGGAGAGAUAUCAGCUGAAAUGUGAUCAACUAGAGAGGCAGAAGAACGACUUGAACUCUAAGUACAAUGCACUCGAGACGCAGAAAAAGGACAUCGUUGAGUUCCUGAAACACUCCCUGCUUGGAAAGGAGGAGGAAGUGGACGAGCUGACAGAGCGCCUGGAGAGUCAGCAGCAGGCUGCCAGUAAUGAAAGAGAGGCCCUGCAGCUGCAGCAUAGUCAGCUGAAGGAAGAGCUUCUAAACAGGAUUGAAGAACUCACCACAGAAAACGAGGCUCUUGUGGCAAGGCUUGCAGUUCUGGAGGAGCAUCAGAAGAGCUCAGAGCAGCUGACAGCCAACAUAGAGUCUUUGGAGAAGGAGCUGGCUUGUCAGAAGGAGGAACACAAAGCUGAAAUACACAACCAGGAAAUGAGAGUACUCCAGGAAAAGUGGAGGUUGGAGAAGGACUUGGCAGCAGAAGUGCAGCAGCAGGUGGAGCAGAAGAUCCCGGAGAUGACCAGGUUAACCCUGCAGGAGAACACGGAGGUUAGGGCUCAGUUCAGCAAGCUGUCAGAGCAGGCACUGGUCAUGAUCAAGGAGAACUCUACCCUGAGGGAACAAAAGAAUCAGCUCAGACUGGAUGUGGACAGCCUGGAGGAAAUGCUCAGCAAGACAUCCCACCAGAGCUGCAUCAGUAAGAAGUUGGUGCAGCAGCUUACAGAGAAGUGCCAGCAGCUGCAGGAGGAGCUGAAAGACUGUAGGCAAGAACUCAAGCAGUUUCAGACUGAACGCACAGCAGCCCUGGCUGAGAUGGAGGUGCUCAGGCAGGGCCGGGCCUCGCUGUUUGAGCAGUGCAGUAAAACCAGAGCUGAGGAGAGUCGACUGGAGGCGGAGCUACAGGAAGAGAGGAGGAGGAUGAGCAGGAUGAAGAGCAUGAUGCAGGACACAGCUGUAACCCUCAAAUAUGUCCUGAUGGAGGCACCGACCAUGCAAGAGUGGAAGCAGCUGAUCCAGAAGCUGCUGGUGGAAAACUACACCACAGAGAACGACCAACUGAACGAGCAGCUCUCUGAUCUUGCAGCAGCUCGAGAAGGGACCCUGAAUCCAGCUUCUGAUCUGGGAGUUCUACCCCCUCCCACACUGAAACAGAAAGACGUACUCUCCGGAACAGGAGCUGGGUCCAACAGCACCCAUGUGCCUCUGCACAGGAAGCCCUCCAGUCAGAAAACAUCCAACGCCAAUAACCCAAAUGAUUCAGCACUUAAAUUUCUGACCCAAAGAAAGUAAUUCACUAAACCAAAAUAACAGAAACUAAACUCAUUUCCUCCUUUCUCCUGCUUGUGAUCGAGAAAACCCUUCAUAUUAAAGAGGAUACACAUUGUUGAUA